CCCGAGUGUACACGUAACCGAAUCCGUCCAAGAAAAAUAAAUCACAAAAAUACGCCAUCUUGGAAAGUUGGAACCAGUGCAGUUUGGUGAACGCUCCGUGAAAAAAUCGAUUUUUAGCUGUUUUAUCGCCCAAAAAUCAUCAAAAAUCAUGAAUCGCCGUGGAGGACGUGAUUACGACGACCGUGGGGGCCGCGGUGGCGGAGGCUCAUCGAAUUUGAUGCGUCGAAAUGAUCGUAAUGGCGGACGGGUAGAGAAGCGCUUCGAUAAACAGGAGCGCAAUGGGGAAAAUUUGCGCCCCGUCCGGUGGGAUCAGGUGAAGUUGGAACCGUUCAAGAAGGACUUUUUCAAUCCGGCUAGUAGUGUUUUGGAGCGGUCAAGGUCCGAGGUGUGCCAGUUUUUGGAUAAGAACGAGAUCACCAUGAUCGGUAAGAAUGUUCCGGCUCCGAUUAUUCAGUUCGCUGAAAGUGGCUUUCCGAGUGUGUUUUUGGACGAGAUGUCACGCCAAGGGUUUCAGGAACCGACGAGCAUCCAAGCCGUGGGAUGGUCAAUUGCGAUGAGCGGACGGGAUAUGGUCGGUAUCGCAAAAACUGGAAGUGGCAAAACCUUGGCGUACAUUUUGCCUGCGUUGAUUCAUAUAAGUAACCAGCCGAGGCUUCUGCGGGGUGAUGGCCCUAUUGCUUUGGUGCUGGCCCCGACCCGUGAGUUGGCCCAGCAGAUUCAGCAAGUUUGCAACGAUUUUGGUCGCCGUAUGAGUAUUAUGAACACUUGCAUCUUUGGGGGUGCUUCUAAACAUCCUCAAGCGGACGAUUUAAGACGUGGCGUUGAGAUUGUGAUUGCUACUCCAGGGCGGUUGAUUGAUUUUCUUGAAGGUGGAACCACCAAUUUGCGGCGUACUACUUACCUGGUGCUCGACGAGGCGGAUCGUAUGCUUGACAUGGGUUUCGAACCACAAAUCAGGAAAAUUAUUUCUCAAAUUCGACCGGACAGACAGGUUCUCAUGUGGUCGGCCACUUGGCCUAAGGAAAUCCGCAAGCUGGCUGAGGAAUUCCUUCGAGAAUACAUUCAAAUCAACAUUGGUUCGCUCAAUUUGGCAGCGAAUGAGAACAUCAUGCAGAUCAUCGAAUGCUGCGAGGAGUACGAGAAGGAGAAUCGGCUUUUUAAGCUAUUGACGGAAUUAUCCCAGCACGGGGACAGCAAGUCGAUUAUUUUCGUCGAAACCAAACGUAAGGUUGACCAGAUCACAAACGUCAUUAAGCGCAACGGGUGGAGAUGCGACGGCAUUCAUGGUGACAAAACCCAAAAGGAUCGCGAUUACGUAUUGAAUACUUUCCGUCGAUUGCGUAGCGGAAUUUUGGUCGCUACCGAUGUGGCUUCGCGCGGUUUAGACGUUGACGAUGUCAAAUACGUCAUCAACUUUGACUUCCCGAACAACACGGAGGACUACAUUCAUCGCAUUGGUCGCACUGGUCGUUCCACCAACAAGGGCACAUCGUACACAUUCUUCACACCGGCCAACGGUGCCAAGGCUGGUGACUUGAUUGGUGUGUUGAGGGAGGCAAAUCAGUUCGUGAAUCCGGAGUUGGAACAAUACGCCCGUAGCGGUGGUCGCAAUCGUGGCGGCAACCGUGGACGCUAUGGAGGCGGCGGCGGUCGCAAUAUGAGAAACGACGGAAAGGGCCGCCGAGGUGACGAUUACCGCAGCGGAAAUGGAGACGAUCGUGGACCGAAAUUCGCUCGCCGUGACGAUUAUGGCGGCGGCAGUCGUAACGAUUUCGGUGCCAGAAAUGGUGGAUUCGGAGGAGAUCGUGGUGGCUUCGGUGGCAACAAAGAUCGAGAUAGCGGAUUCAAAUCAAAUGGUUAUGGUGGCUCCAACGACCGUGGAGGAUACGGUGCUCGUGAUGGUGCUUCGAAGGGCAGCUCUGGUUUUGGCUCUAGUUCUGAUAAGUCUGGCGGGUACGGAAACAGUGCUGAUUCACGCUCGUCUGGAUAUGGAUCUCGGCAACAGAAUGGAACAGGUGGAGCAGGUUUCACCGGAGGAAGUGUACCGCUUCCAAACUUCAGCAAACCACCACCAUCAUUCUCUGCUCCCCCGGCAGGCGGUUUCACGGCUCCACCUCCGUCGCGUCGUCCGGAAGAAAGGCAACGUCCACCACUUGCCAGCACGGUCGGCAGUUCUUUUGGGUCGAUGAGCAGCACCAGCUCUGCACCCAGCUAUCCCAGCAGCAAUCAAUACCCUUCGAGCCAGGCACGUCCCUAUGGAUCUCGUCCUAACGUUCCAUCAGCAGUUGGUAGUGGCAUGUAAAUCACAUUCUAUUUAGUUGAAAUGACUAAACACUAGCGGCAUAAGAUGAUUUAAAUGAAACAACAAAGUAUCUUCAAUUAUGUAAGCGCUUUUAAUAUUUUAAUAUGCCACAAAUACGCAAGACAACUCAAAUUAGGCUGUUAGGUUAAUCUACAUCAUCUUAUUGUGAAUGGAAUCAUUCAACAGAGUUCGGAAUUUGGAAAAACAAAUAUUUUACAAAUAUUUUUAAGCGUGCGUAAAGCUGUAUGUUUAUUUAAUUUCUAAUAAAGUAUGAAAGAUUUAAAAUGAUCA